GGGACCCAGACAUUUAAAUUAGCACAAUCUUGGUGGCCGUCGUCGCAGCAAAGAAAGGCUCAGUGACAAAACUCGCCAUAGAUUUUGAAAAGGUUGACUGGGAGAAAACAAAUUGGGCGAAAAUGUCGACCACCGUCACCGAGACGCAGACGCGCACGCGCGCGGCGCCCAUCACGGCGGAGACAAUACUGAGCCUCUUCCCAGACAUCGACACGCGGAGCGAUGCGCUUGAGGGCCACGACGAGGAGCAGAUCCGCCUCAUGGACGAGGUCUGCAUUGUGACGGACGAGGGCGACUUGCCAAUUGGCACCGCCAGCAAGAAACUAUGCCACCUCAUGACCAACAUCGACAAAGGACUUCUUCACCGGGCCUUUUCCGUCUUCCUCUUCAACAGCAAGAACGAGCUACUCCUUCAGCAGCGCGCGACGGAGAAGAUCACGUUCCCCGACAUGUGGACAAACACGUGCUGCUCCCACCCCCUUAACCUGGCCAACGAGACUGGCUCCAACCUUCCUGAUUCCAUCAUGGGGGUCAAGCACGCUGCGCAGCGAAAGCUGGACCACGAGCUUGGCAUCAAGAAGGAGCAGGUUCCCCUCGACGACUUUCACUUCCUGACGCGCAUCCACUACAAGGCGCCGAGCGACGGCAAAUGGGGCGAGCACGAGAUCGACUACAUUCUUUUCAUCAAGGCCGAGGUUGACGUGGACCCCAACGCGAACGAGGUCCAGGACACGCGGUACGUGUCAGCAGAAGAGCUCAAGAAGCUUUUCGACGACCCGAGCCUAAAGUUCACGCCGUGGUUCAAACUCAUUUGCCAGUCGAUGCUUUUCGAGUGGUGGGAGCACCUGGACUCGGGCCUGGAGAAGUACGAGAACGAGCAGGAGAUCCGCAGGAUGCUUUAAGGAAUUAGGAAUAGGGAACGGGGAACAGCGAAGGACUCAGGAGCGAGGCGUGAAUGGGGAUUCCCGACAGCCGACGCCGCCCGCGAAACAG